AGGAAGUGAAAGAAUAAAAUGUGUAUAAGCAAUGCUAAUUCUGUUCUAUGUGUAUAUGUAUUUGGAGAUAGUCUUAAUUGACUAUCAUAUGUUGUGUUAUUAAUUGAAAAUUGAUCAUCCUUUUUCAGUCUCUCAGAAUUCAGGAAAGGAUCCAGCCUUGUUUCAUACUGUACAGCAAAACCCUGCUGGACCUUGCACAGAAAUAUUCAUUUGCUUAUUUAUGUUUUCACUGGUGUUUGUCACAUUAUCUGUGUGCCACAAAACUGUUAGUGUGUAUUUUGUUACUCACUUGUUAGUGUUGGAAUGUAUUUUCAUCCCACUUACUAGUGGAAAAAAAUGAUGAAAAGAUAAAAUUGCUUAUGAAUGUCACAUGUAAAUCAGAGGCAGUCCUGAAUGUGAAGCAGAAAGCCCUGACUCCUUGUCCCUGUGUUCAUUCUUCCCAGUUAUGUUUCUUUAUUUACAGAAGUGCUGUGUACCUGCUGCUUCUGUUUUUUUUUCAUGGGUGUUUGCAAGGCUUAGCAACACUUAAAUCAGUGACUGCAAAGCUGAGCACUCAGUAAAGGGGAAAUGAAAGAUGUGAAGACACAUGAGAGAUGUUUGACUUGCUUUCAGCAGAAAGCUCCGCUUCAUCUUUGUGACUCUUCUAUUAGUUGAAACAAUAUUUUAUCCUAAUUUUAUCCAUGAGGAAUCAAGAAAGAGAGAUCUGAAGGCCUUACUGUGGAAAGGUGACUCAGUGCUUUGGUUUACUGUUUUGGUUCAUCAUUUUAAAUGACUACUUCAGAUGUCAAGACAGAAAAUACAGAGGAUAUUCUCGUGAUAUAUGAACAAGAAGCAGAAGAGUGGGCUCUGUAUUUAAAAUCGCUUUUUGGACACAUAGUGAACGAAGAAGGAAUCUUACUCUACAAUAUAGAGACUUCGUCUUUCAAGCAGCAGGAGCUAUUCUCUUUACCAUCUUAUAAAUGUAAACUCCUUAUCCUAUCAUGUGGACUUCUUAACUGCCUGAAUCAAAAGAGAAGUUACUUUCUGGAGCAAGUUCUAAGACCUCCAGAUAAUGUGGUGAUUCUGCUUUGUGGGGUGGAGAAUUCGGAGAUACUUUAUGAGACACUGACCUUAGAUAGAGGCAGCAACGAGAUUUCCACUGAUCAGGAACCUGAAGAGUAUUUGUCUGUUGUUACUGGAAUUAUUCAACCAGGUAAGCCACAGAAUGAAAAUCCUGGAGACUCUUUGUCUGACAUCUGUGAAGUACUUCUUGCAGACGAUCACAAGACUAGCUCUGAUGCUACCUUGUCAGAUGUCAGGAGAGCAUCAGAAAAAACAGACCUCAUUUUUAAAACUUCUGAAACAUUAGAAACUAACAAGCAGUCGAUAUUGGUGCUUCCAGGAAGAAUAUCAUGUGAGAACCCUGGUGAAAUAUUCAUUUUGUUGAAAGAUGAAAUAGAUGAUGAAACUUUAGAAAUUGAAUUCAUAGCAGAUAAUCAACGAAUUAGGACACAGCCAGCCUCUUGGACUAAGAAGAUCAAGUACAUGAAAGCCUUAGAUUUUCCUGCUGGCCCUGUUUAUGUAAAUGUGUAUUGUGGAGGAGUCGUGAAGACCACAGCACAGAUUGAGUACUAUACUACACUAGAGGAGAUUGAGCACAUUUUUAAGAAAGUGGCUGACCCAAUAGCUUUCACUUGUCAGGCUUUUAAAUUUUCUUCUGUGGAGAAGCUGGACAAUGUUUUGACUUUUUUAUUGAAAAGCAAAAUGUCUACUUAUGAAUUCAGCCCAUUCCAGAAUGAAGAGCACCAUCAACAAGCUAAUAGCUAUUUGGAAGAAUUUCCUACUCUCCUUCACUGCGCAGCCAGAUUUGGAUUAAAGAACCUUGCAACUUUUCUACUCGAUUCUCCUGAGGCCACAAAGGCCUGCAAAAUAACCAACAAAUAUGGAGAGGAUCCAGCAACUAUCGCUGAGAAACACGGACACAGGGAACUAAGAAAAUUAAUCAGAGAAUUGUCAAUUAAUACAGCAGACAAUUUCACCAAUUGCAAGGUGGAAGCAGAAGACGAUGACACUUACGUGGUUAUGCUAGGCUCAGAAACUCAACCUGCCAUGACAUUAAAAGCCAAGCAGAACCCAGGAGAUCAAUAUGGAAUUGGCUCAAGAUGCCAACAAGAAGCUGAGGUGGGUGAGGAAAAGAAAGAUGAUAUAGAAGACAGCAGAGAGACAGAACAUGAAGAUCAAGAAGAUUCAUACAGCUUUCACAACCGUCCUGACAAUUUGUAUGCCAGCAUACCUGAUGUUCUCAAAGAGAAGAGAAGAGACUGCUUUUUUUGUAAGGGGCCGCCUCCUCCUCCCCCUUGAAACCUGCCUGGCAUCCUAAGACAGAAUGAUUUAUCAAAAGAGAGGAAGUCUGUGGAGGACGGAAGUGAAAGACAACAUGGUGAUGGACUUAUAACAGCAUGCUACAAAGAAGAUACAUGCGAGAGAGACAGUGAGGGGGAAGACCUGUACACUUUCAGGAUACUGGAUGAAUCUGUGUAUGAUUUCAUACCAGUUGAGGUCAAGUCUUUUAUCGUGAACAGGCCGCCAGCCCCUGCCCCUGCCCCUCGUCCAGUAUAUUCACCAGUCAGAGAGGAGACUGCUCCCUAUAUAGUGCAAGUGUUUCAGCAAAAGGCCACUCGAGUGCCCAGUGACAGCAACAGAACGUACUGUGAUGCCAGGAAGCCCACACACAGAGGUCAUGCUGACACAGUAACUGAUAGCACUGUGCAACACAGCAUCCCUACUGAACAGGAAGAACUCAUCCACUUGCAGGAACAGGUGGAAAACGGAACAACUUCUGUGUAUGAAACCCUUGACAGAUUUCAACAGUGGCAGAAGGAAAAACAGAGACUGCAGUCCUCUCAACAGGAAAAAGCACACCACCUUAGAGACAGCAUUGUUGGAAACAGACUAGAAAAGGAAAAUCGAAAUGUUCCUAAGGAAAGCAGACCAAAGAGCAUUCAUUUCAGAGACUUGUUGUUCCACAUGCCAUUUAAUAAAGCGGUAUGUAUGAAUGUUAGCAAUCCUCAGGUUUGUUUAAUGAAUUCUGGUUUUCACAUCUGCAUGCAGACACUCCCUCCUUUUAAACCCAUGGGCCUCCUUCUCCCCAUUCCAUGUUUGCAGUUGGCAUUUGGAUAGUCUUUUUUCAUAGAUGGUUUCUGAAGACUUGAUUGAAGAUUUAUAGAGAUCAUAACAAAAUCCUAUUAGAAAAAGAAUUUGGUUUUAUUCUAAUGAGAAAAGAAAAUAUCUGCUAUAAAUUAGAAUGGAAUAUAAUUUUUAGUUUCUUGAUAAGUUUGAUCUUGCUUCCAUGUAAUGAAAGUUAUUAAUGGGAACAGCACUCAGUUCAGUCCUCCAUUACACCAUUUGAUGCUAUCUUGAAGUUCAUGUCUCAUUUUGGAACAGUUUAAUAUAGGGCUGAAUAACACCCUCAAAAAGCCAGUCAGCUGCAAAGCAAAAAUCUCUGUCACUCUUAGAGAGAAAUAUCUGUAAACACCUACUUUAAGAACAACUAAAUAAGGACUAAGCAUAUAGAAUGUUCAUUUGCAGAAAGUGCAGGCACAGACUGUGAUAUCUCUCAUUACUAUAUAAUAUAGAUGUGGUCUUGCCCAUAGACACCACUAAUAUCUUUUUUCUAAGGGAAGUAAAAUGUCA